AUGUACACCAGAUUGGGUGUUGUCGAAUAUCCAGAGAUUGAUACUCAUCGCACUACAAGAUUAUUCACCACUGAUUUCAACAACACUUUCAUCCUCUUCUUACAACUCAUUUGUUUUUCAGGCUCUUUAACAAAAAGUAGCCUUCUUGAAGCCGUAAGGAUGCUAGCCACCUAUCGAGUUCAUCGUCUUCCUGUGAUUGAUCCAAUUUCAUUGGACCCUGUGGGAGUUCUCACACCUAAACGCAUUCUGAGGUUCUUAUGGCACCAUGGGCAAGAUAUCUUCCAACCAAGUCAUUGUAUCAAAACUCCAAAACAACUAAAUAUCGGAACAUGGAAAGGCAUUCAUGUCGUUUACCCUCAUACUCCUUUGAUUGAUUGCUUGGACAUUCUUCUUAAUAUGGGUGUCUCCUCAGUGCCAGUUGUCGAACAUCUUACUCUCAGAGUUAUUGACGCAUAUUGCCGUUGUGAUGCAAUGAACAUUGCCAUGCAAAAUGAAGACUUUAAGCUUAAAAUAAACGUGAAGCAAGCGCUUGAGUUCAAAACCUUCGCUACGGAUCGUGCUUGUGCAGUUAUCGUGAGUGAAGCCGAAUCGUUUUAUAAAGUGAUUUGCAAGUUGGUCGAAACUAAUGUUCAUCGAGCGUUCAUCAUAAAUUGCAGCAGCGUUAUUCGGGGAAUAGUCUCGAUCUCCGAUGUGAUGAAAGCUGUGGUUCUCGAGCCUGGUAGCCACCUAAAUUCGUACUGCAUUUCACAUAGACGGUUUGCAGAAUUCCUCUUUGAAACGCCAACCAUGGAGACUCAGGCAGAAGAAGUGGAUAAUGAGGACACGAAGACUUCUUGCACGAGUCGCAGUUCAUCUCGUACACUUUCUUAA